CGCUCGUUUAGAAUAAUUACCUAAUUAUUGCGAUAAUCUGAUUGAAACGAUCAAAAUAUGUAUCAACAUUUUCAAAAUUUAAGAGACCGUGAAAAUCGAGCAGAAUUGCGUGCAUUUAUUCGAGACUCGAACGUUGAAGAGCUCGUGAAAAUAAUACGCAACAGCAUUUGUAAAUUGGAUGCUCCAAAAAUACUAGAUGAUAUUCUGCAAGAGUUUUCAGACUCGGAAGCUUGUCAGUUAAAACGACGUGUCUUAAUGGAAGCUGUUUUGAAGGAUUUAGGAAAUGUUAAAAUAUCAGCUGGACAGGUGGAUGCGAUCGUCAAUCGAAUGAUUGUUGAUUUUCCGAAAUAUUCGAAGCAACACCUUGUUAAACUUGUUGAUUUUUGCCUUUCUAGUAUUCGUAACAGCGAUGACGAGUUACACAGUUGGAAGGAUUUGUUGCCUGUCUUGCUGGAAAUGCUUGAAAAUGAAAAAUAUAUCAUUCACAUGGGUGCUGAAGUUUCAGGCGACGAGUAUAAAUCGUUAAUCGUUAAGGCAAUAUGUAAUUAUCGGUGGAACGUUAAUAUUCUAGCAUCUUUGGCAAAAAUGUUUGGAGAGAUGACUUUGGAUCGUAAAACUGAUCGUAACCAAGUUCUAAAAGCGCUAUGUUCUACAUUGGCUGACCUUUCUUUGGAUCAAAUACCCCCUUUUGUCUAUCAAAUGCUAAAGUUGUGCAGAGAUCGAGAGUGCUUGUAUCUUUUGGAUGCCCUGAACAAAUAUUUCCAAUCUUAUUAUUCCAAAGCAGUUUCUCACAGUGAUAAAGAUAGCCUAGAAGAUAUUGGUAUAAUCGGUAUGAAACAAGUACAGGACAUAGAGAGUACAGUACUGUACUAUUUAUAUCAAGCGGCUCAGCUGAAUCACGAAAAUAUGAAAGAUUUUAUUCGCCAUCUGAAAAACGUGUCUUCCGCUUCCGAAUAUAUGUUACAACCAUUCAUGCUCGCUGUAUUAAUAUCAAUUUCCAGCAUCUACGAAGAACAGAUCUUCGAGAUACUGAGAUCAACUAUUGUUAAUAACAGUUUGGAGAAAGAAAAACGAAAAGGAAGCGCAUGGUUGAGACAAUUAAUACCUUCUUCUUGCAACAUUAUCGGAGUUGUACGACAAAUUAUAGAGUGCAGCAACAAAGAUCGUCACUUAAUAUUAAAAGGAUUCAUGAAUUUAGCCUUCGCUUUAAUGAAUUCGGACCAAAAAUUGAAAAAUAACGCAACAAUAGUGUGGUCCAUCGGGGGAGAAAUAAUUCGAGAAGUAAUUAAAAAGCGUCAUGAAACGGUAGCUACUGUGAUGCAGGAAUUGGUAAAUAAAAUAGUUGCAGGUGGUACAUCGAUAAUACAUUAUAUAGACUGUUUAAACUACGCUUGUCGUGAAUUAUCAGUGAUCGUUUUGGAUCAUCAAAUUUGGAUUAUUAUUCUUCUUGAACGUUUGCUCUUUUUACCUGAUGCUGUUGCCAAUCAAGUGUUGUACGCUAUUUUUCCAUUGAUGCGUGUUUCGUCUAAUAUACGAGAAAACCUUCUUUUGACUUUGAGAAAAGCCCUUUACAGGAAAGGUGUAUCGAAACGGCAGAUGGCAGUUACUGGAUUUCUAGAGAUGUUAAAAUACUCGAAAAUGCACUCAUUGGACAGCUUUAGACUAAGUCAGCGUCAUAAUUCUUCACCAUUCGUUACUAGUUCCAAUUCCAGUUCCAGUUCUAGCCUGAGAUCGACGUUAACUCAAGCAACUCUAGAAUAUAAUUCGCAACGAGACAAAUCAGAAUGCGAAAAAACUCUAUGUUAUGAAAUAUUGGAUAUAUUAAAAAAGAGUUUUACCUACGAAUUUCAGGUCAGAUUGCAUUUAUACGAAGGAUUGUAUGAUACCGUGAUGAAAAAUUCUGAAAUAACAGAAAUCGUGUUAGACAUGCUCUUGGCGCAUUUUAAUCUCUAUGUAGAUACGGAUGAUGAUGUUUUGCCACCUGUGAAAUUCGACUUGUGUACAAACGUACUCGGAACGGAGAUAGUUCCGCAAGAACCUAUUGCGGAAUUAAUAUUCGCGUUACAGAAAAUAUACGUCGAUACGAUGCCAAGGAAAUCGGCUGCCUUUGAUAAAGUACGCGAUGCUUUAGAGUUGAUGUGUAGAAAAAUGAUAGCUACACAAAUGGAACACUUAAAUCUGGAACACGAAACGGAUCUGUUUGGGGACUUAUCCAAGUCACAGAUAAAAAUCAGAAAUCUUGGCAUGGCCAUUACAAUUUACGAAGCCUUAAUGGCAUUUCGAAUAGGAGAAUGUUUAAAAGGCAAUCUGGAAAGUUUUCGAAAGAUCGACGAUUUGUUUAAAGGAUACACGCGAUCUGUUGACUUUAUUAAAAUGCAAUCUACAAAAAUUAAAAAACUCGAUAACAAUAAAGCCAAAAAGAACAAGGAUAUAAAUAAUACGACUAGAAAGUUUGGAAAAUCGAAUAGCAUUAAAGUACCAAAUACCAUCAUGGAUUUGGAUGUGAUUCGUCAAAGUUUAACACUAUUAUAUUCACGAUCCUUUACGGUUCCCGAGGAGGUUGCGUUUCAGGAAAAUUCAAAGUUUCGUUGUUACAUAUUUCAAACGUGCGAACAACUGUUACAACGUGAAAAAUUAAUCACGAAUGGUUCUCGAAAGCAAAACGACCGCUACGUGAACGCGUACAUCGAGAUCGCUGGAUUGCUUUACAAACACUUGGUAUCAAAGUUAAACGAUAUACUGGAAAACGACGAACAACAAACAGCCGUAUUAGCUUUGCAAUGUUUCAAAGAAAUUUCUUGCUAUGCAUGUACAUCACUGUCGCACGAGGAGUUAUCACGAUUUCUCGAUUCAAUUUUACUAUCGAGAAAAGACACAACAUCGAAAGAUUUAAAUAUAAAAUUAGAAGAAAUUAUUUUCUCGCUAAAAUGUCAGUUGGAAAGUUCACUGGUUGAAGAAAGAAAUAUUGACGAGAGAAAGAAAAUACCGUUUUUUUUAUUGGAAAUAAUCGAACAGUUUACGUAUAAAAUUAACUUUGAAAACUAUCAUUCUGAGAAGAUACUCGAAUGGUUUAGAAAAAUCACGGAAAUGGAGAAUGUUGAAAAUUCGAUCGUUUCUGGGAUUAUGCAGUUUUUCUUACGCUUAGAAGAAUAUACCGAAGAAUAUGGAGAGUCAUUGCACGAAAUUUGUCUGGAAUUAUGCGAAAAAGUUGGAGCUAUCGAUGAUGUUGACUUAAAUGUAAAUAAACAAUAUAAAGUUAUACGGGAAGAUACCGCUUUACAAAUUUAUAACGUAUUGAACGGUUGUAUAAAAGAAAAGCUGAAUAACGUUUCCUGGCUAUUGAUGCGAUUAAAAGCGGAAGACACUGUCGUUCGAGCAUCUGGAACUCUCAGCGAAAUUUGGAACAACAGUUUAAGAGAGAAAGAACGAAAUCUGUGUAAGCAAUUGUCCCGACUCGCUCAAAUACUUUGUACAUUAGCUAAUACAUCAAUCGAUCCAGGCCCAUGCACCGAUGUUACGUUUAAGAAUUUGCAAUAUCUCUAUCAUUUGCUUGGAAAUCUUACGAAAUACUUUUACGUAAAGUCAAACGGACAGAAUGUUGCAUUUCAAGCGGUCAAAUUCAUUCAAGUAGUUCAGUUAGCUGGUAAACCAUUAAAAUCUGCUUUUUAUAAUUUGGUAACGUACGUGGAGGAAAAUCAAAACAAAGCUCGCUCAAAAUCUGACUCGCACGCGCAAAGAAAUAAAAUCUUAAAAGAAACCAAAGUAAUACCGCGCGUGGUUUACGAAAUCGAACAAUUCAACAAGGAAAUUUUACUACUUGGCAAAAAAACGAGUAUACCAUUAGAAAACUACAUGAAGCAUAGCGUAACGAGAGAUUUUAGAAUUAAGAAUCCACAACUGGUCGAAGAUCUUGAGAAAAUGGAUGUGAGCUUGGAACAGCUUGAUUCUUCUCGGAACUCGGAAAACACUGAUAAUGAAAAUCAGAGCUUGAACGCAGAUGAUGGUUCCGACGAUGAUACUAACGAAACAAAAGUUGCAAAAAAAACGGCCGAGGAUGGAGGAUGAAAACGCUCUGGAUUAAAAUUCGUAACGUUGCCUAUCAAAAUGUAUAAUUUUCAAAUAUUUUCAUUAACAAAGAAUCGUUUACCGUUUACAUCGUACAUAUUUACUUGUAUACUUUUUCUUGUCGUCAUAGUUUUACGCGACUAAUAAACGUUUAGCAUUUAUAAUUUUA